AUGUGACAGUCACGUGAUUGCAACCGCGGGAAAUACUCCAGCGUGGUAAACAUUUGAGUGGUUGUUGACGCGAGAGAGAUUCGCCAUAAUGUCAAGCUACGAGCAGUUGAGGCAAAAGAAUUUAGCAGAUAACCGGCGUAUUUUGGCAGAAUUAGGUCUUGUCAAUCCGUUUAAGCCACUUGGGCGUGUUGUCAAGAAAGGAAUCAAACGGAAGGCUCCCAUUGACAACAAACCAAGAAAGAAAAUUGUGGUUGAAGAGGACUUAUCAAAUUGUGGCUCUAUACAUGGCACAAGGAGGAAGUCGGCUCGAAUCCAGGGCAAGCCGGUGGGCACGGAGGAAGAAUGGAGAAGUGUAGAGGAAGAAGAUGACGAGUACAAGCCCAAGAGAAUCCCUGCGAACAGACCCAAGUUCUAUGGGGCUGUGCCAGGUGUGGAAAUCGGCACUGUCUGGAACUACAGGAUUGACUGCAGUAGAGACGGCAUCCACAGACCGACGGUUGCAGGUAUCCACCGGGGGGAAGAGGGGGCGUAUUCCGUAGCCCUGUCCGGGGGAUAUGACGACAAUAUUGACCUUGGCGAGUGUUUCACCUACACUGGAGAAGGAGGCAGGGAUCUUAAAGGAACAGCAUCAAAUCCAAAGAAUCUCCGUACAGCUCCCCAGUCAAAGGACCAGGCCCUGACCAAUGGUAACUUGGCUCUGUCCAGGAGUUGUGAGAACGGAAACCCAGUUCGGGUCAUCAGAGGCUAUAAACUGGAUAGUCCAUUUGCACCUGAAGAAGGCUACAGAUACGAUGGGAUCUACACAGUGGAGAAGUUCUGGUUCACCACAGGAUUGUCUGGGUUCGGAGUCUGGAAGUUUGCGCUGCGACGCUGCAAAGAUCAGGCACCUCCACCCUGGGAUGUUAUUCAGAAAGAAGAUUCUCCAAAGAAAAACAAAACAGUCAGUCCUUCUACAGACAGUGCUAAGGGAGAUAACUCCAGUGAAAAUUCGCCAAGCCAUAAAAGCGAUGAAAAUAAAGACAUUGAAAAUAUUGAACACACAGAAUCUUCACAAAUAGAAGAAGCGAUAGAAUCAACCAAAAAGAAAGAAGAGGUCAUAGAAUCAACGGAGGAGAAAGAAAAGUCUAAAACAUCUAUGCAGGCGAAAGACACAAAGGAAUCUGAGAAAGAAAUAUCUUUGCAAGAGAAAGAACAUACGAUGGAAUCAUCAAAAGAACAAGAAACGACAGAAAAUAAAGAAUCUUCACUGAAAUCAACCAAAGAAAUGGCAGACACAUUAAAAUCCCUGAUCCCUGAGGAAAAAAUAUCGCAAGAUGAAAAUAACAACCUUGGCACUGUGGAAGACGAUGCUGUGAAGAAGGCCAUCCCUGAGACCAGUGACUCCGGUAUUGAGUCUGAUGCCAGCGGUGUGGAGUCAUCUCAGGCCUCGUCUGCGAGUGUGUAGUCCAGGAUGUUUCUUGUGGACAAAGUGUUGAAACUUCUUAGUUUCAUUCAUAUUGACCAUCAUCACAGUUCUGUUUCCAAUGCUUCAAUGUUCAAAGAUUUGCUUUGUUGGUGCCAGUUUUGUGCUUCCUUUGUUUUUUCAGAGUUAAUGUGGUGCUUUUCAUUGCAUAUUCCUGUUCAGAGGAGCCUUGUGUACAUGCACUCAUUCAGUUUGCUUAGUUACUGAAUCCACUGACCUUAAAUAUGAUAAAAAUAAAAAUAAAGUAAAUUAGAAUGAAUAUGACAAUAAAAAUUACCAUGAAAUGCCAGCAGCAGAUUUUAGGUUUGUAAUAUUUAUGAGGACCCAAAUCUGAGAUUCUUUUUAAGAUGAUUUAAAUAAUCCUGCGCAAUGACUUUUUAGAUAUACUCAACAUCAAAAGAAAGGUGAACCAUAGAAAUAAAUAAAGAAGUACCACUCAUACAUGUUAAUGACAAAAGUAACAAUCAGUCAAGUGUUACCUCAAAGUAUCUUUAUUCUUGUCAUGAAAUGCUUCCAUGAUUUUCAAACUUUACGGGGCAGUCAGGUAGCCAAGUAGUUCGCUCGUCAUGCCAAAGAUCCGGGUUCGAUUACCGACAUGGUUACAAUGUGUGAAGCUCAUUUCUGGUGUACCCCCGAUGUGACAUUGCUGGAAUAUGGCUAAAAGCGACGUAAAACCAUACCCACUCAUUUCCAAACUUUACACACAAAUCAUGCACGAGACAAGUGGUGCAUCUCCAGUCAUGGACCUAUGAUGUCACAUGUGAUGCGUUCAUGAGCGUCAGUUCACACAACCAGUAUGUGUCGAAUAACUCUAAUAUCUCUUGAAUAUGAGUAAUUCUUCAUGUAUUAACCAACCUGUAUGGUGUUCGUGUUUCUUUUGUCGCUGAGUAUAUGUAUUUUUUUAAAUAAGUUUUCACUUUCAAAAUUCGUAAUUGUCUAAGAUGAGCUUAUAAUACUUCGCGCUAAGAUCAUCAGGAUUUUGAAGAGGGAAUAUAGGUUUCACUCUGUUGUUUGCAUUUGCAAAAUGUUCAACAUUUUUCAAUUUGAUCAGGAUUAUUGAAUAUGUACUGUUUCACCUGGUUUCCUUGUGUGUUUAAUGCACUGAACUAUCUGCCGACGGCUAGGUAUAUUCACGCAUCAAGCUAAGGACCUCCUCAAUCUUCUUUAGGGUGAGAAAAGAAACACCUUGAUUUCCAUGUUUAAUUUUGAUCACUGUUUCGCAUGUGUUAAGCCUAGUUUUGUAGCAGGGAUCGCGAGAGUGAGGUUUUAAUUCUUAAGCUUACCCUUGUGGGGAUUCAGGCUUAGAAAAGUUAGUUAAAUGACGCUUGGUGACUUGGUUGAUUGUGUGUCUUAUGAUUGACUUUGCUUGUAAUACCAAUCACUGGUCAUAUAGCGAGAAUAGCGCUGACUGUAGUGUUAAACAACAGACUGAAAAAAAACAAAAAAAACAUUCUAUCACAUCAUUCCAAAAAAUCUCACCAAUGCUCAUCAACAGAAGUCUAAUCUUGUCAAAAAGAUUAUAAGACUCCUAGAAAAGUUUUCAUUGUAUUUUAUAUAUGUAUGGAUUUUAUUGACAUGGAAUAGAUUUUAUGAAUGGAGUCACAAUUCUGCCAAUUACACCUGACAAACAGGCAGAAUUGGUCCACUGUAUUGAAUUGGUGCAGAGAUAAAUGACACUGGGUGUCUACAGUGUGUGAAAUAGUUGGCCACUGAACCAGAACAGCGAUGAUGAUGCUCACACUGUCAACCACUGGUUUGUCUGGCCCAGAUUGAUUAUUUACAACCCUCUGUGACACAGCUGACAGCUGCAGACUGUCAUUUGUAAAAAGGUUAAUUUCUCAUCUGUUAGAGAUUGACUUGAUCAUGCCCUAACUACUUUUGUCAAUGCUCAAGGAUAGUUUGGGAACAACUUUCAUGAAUAAUAUUAAGUCAAGUGAUUUUUAUCAACCAAAAAUUCGCCUCGUUAUUGCUGGAAUAUUGCUAAAGACCCGUAACACUAGACUUACUCAUUCGUACACACAUUGACUCCCCAUCCCGGUUCUGCCCCGUGGGAUGAUAUGUGGAGAAAAUCCAACUGUAUUGUACAUUGUUGGUCAAGGAAGGUUUUUUGUCGUUUUCCUUUCUUUGGGAUAUUUUGCAUUUACUGUCAUUGUAAGUGAUGCAGUAAUGUAAAAAUACAAAAGUAACAGUUUUAUGUACCAAGCACAUUUGUGAAGGUUGGAUGCACAGAUUGCCACUGGUGAAAAAGCAAAGACUCCUGAUCAGAUACCACUGAACACAUGCUGGAAGAAGCACAAAGGGAGUCUUCCCAUUCCAAGUGGGAAGAGAUGAUCAUGUCUGCAGAUCACUGUGCAGAGUUGUGUCCCUUUUCUGCUGGGACCAAAUGGAAGACCCUCCAUGAGAUGAUGCUUUCUUCUAGGGUAUCAAGGCACAUCAUCAGAUUUUGUGGGCUCCUUAUUCGUGGCAUGCGGUUGUGUUCCACAGUGGAGGUAAAUAUCUGGGGCCUUGCAUGGUCUUCCAACUCGUUGAGGUAUUACAUUACCCAAACACUGAUCAUCCAGGCAGUCACUUGGAGUUUUUUUUAAGUUGCAGUGUUUUCUUGUUGAUAUUCAUAGAUGCUCAAUUUGAUCUAUGCAAGAAACUUCACAUUUUUUCGAGAAGAUAAAUGGCAUGUUUCUGUUUUGUGUCCAGUUUUGAUGCAAGCCUCCGUUAUACAGCAGUUACAGCUUUGAGUAGAUCGUAACAAGACUCCAUGUGUAGAUAACUUAGUUUCCUUUUCAUUAUCAAUUUAUUAUUAAGUUUUUCACUGUUUUUGUCAAUUUGAAAAAUGUUUGGGUUUAAAGAUGGACCUUAAAAUGAUUACCACAAUAAUCUAUUGUAUCCUCCAAUGCAAUGUGUACAAAAAAAGAAGACAAAAAUAAAUUCAGACUAUUACAAAAAGCGACUGAACUGAACUCCUCAAUUUUCUAAAAGAGAUACUCCAGCUAAGAUAAAGGUUACUUCCCUUCAUUAAUCCCCUUCAUUAAUCCCUUACCAUUGUUUGUGUACAAUUGAGAACAACCGAAAUAUAUGGAUAUUCCAAAAGAAAUAAAAACAAAAAUCUUGAAA